AUGCACGCUUACUACAAACAUCUGACUUGCCCGAACGUCAACAACGACCUACCGCCGAAGUCAAAUGAGGCGGAAAAUUCAAAUUUAAAUUUGUCCGGAUUUUGGUGGCGGAUCCUAUGUCUAGGCAGAUUCGUCAGAGUACUCGUCACUAAAAUUAAGAAUGCGGGUUAUGGUACAUACCUUAUAACCUCUGACAUUUCUCAUGACAAUCGAAGUGCUGAAGAUACAAGCACGAAAAAGCAUCGAAGCACUCUCCCUCCUCCACUUACCCCUUUCGAUCGCUACGAAAAAUCGCAUACAUCAUAUUCAUCGUUUUCCAGGAAAAUCUCACCGGAAGUGUUGCCGUCGUGCUCGCCGGGCGUAUUUCGGCAGAAGUCGUUUCGCUCGUCCACGCCGCCAAAUUUACCAGCAGUGUCAGCAGUAGUGUCGGUGACCGCGAGCUCAGGUCCGCGGAACGACGGUCAGGGGGGCGUACCUGCCGCGAACGAUCGCUGCGCUGCGUACCUCCCCCCCAACAGCAGCGCCGCCAUCGUCACGAGCGCCGUUGCGACACGUGAUUGCAGCGCGCGGGCAGCCUCGUUAUCGUCGCUGUCGCGGGGCACCCGAGCAGCCGCUAAGCACGCGCGCCUCGGCCCGGCACUGGCCAGCAAAAUGGCGUCCGCGAGCUCCUCGACGGUCGUGCAGGGCUGGCCGAAUACCAAGGACGACUACGAGCUGAAGGAGGUUAUCGGAGUUGGAGCGACUGCCGUGGUGCACGCAGCAUUUUGCAUACCACGACAAGAGAAAUGUGCAAUCAAGAGAAUAAAUCUAGAAAAAUGGAACACAAACAUGGACGAGUUAUUGAAAGAGAUACAGGCAAUGUCCUCUUGCAAUCACGAAAACGUUGUGACGUACUACACGUCGUUUGUGGUGAAGGAGGAGCUCUGGCUAGUCCUGAGAUUGCUAGAAGGUGGAUCCUUACUGGAUAUUAUCAAACAUAAAACCAGGACCACCAAUUGCAAGCACGGGGUGUUCGAUGAAGCCACCAUAGCUACGGUGCUCCGAGAAGUGCUCAAGGGACUUGAAUAUUUUCACAGCAACGGACAGAUUCACAGGGACAUAAAAGCGGGUAAUAUCCUACUAGGCGAGGAUGGUACGGUGCAGAUCGCCGACUUCGGUGUCAGCGCGUGGCUCGCGACCGGCCGCGACCUCAGCAGACAGAAAGUCCGGCACACCUUCGUUGGUACGCCGUGUUGGAUGGCGCCCGAGGUCAUGGAGCAGGACCAUGGCUAUGACUUCAAGGCCGAUAUAUGGUCACUUGGCAUCACGGCCAUCGAGAUGGCUAGCGGCACGGCUCCGUACCACAAGUAUCCCCCGAUGAAGGUCCUGAUGUUGACGCUGCAGAAUGAUCCACCGACUCUGGACACCGCCGCAGACGAUAAGGAUCAAUAUAAGGCGUACGGGAAAACAUUCCGGAAAAUGAUUGUCGACUGUUUACAAAAGGAUCCUACUAAGAGACCGACAGCCACCGAACUGCUGAAGCAUCCCUUUUUCAAAAAAGCCAAAGACAAGAAGUAUCUGCAGCAAACACUAGUGGCGAUAGGUCCUAGUUUAGAAACGCGUGUACAAAAGGCAUCGAAAAGACAACCUGGUACGUCAGGUCGCUUGCACCGGACGGUGACCGGAGAAUGGGUCUGGUCGUCGGAAGAAGAAGACAGUGGCGCAUCCAGCGGUGAGGAAGCCGCCAAAGAGGCGUUACCGGUCAAUACCAUCGAGAAAGCUAGUAGCGACGAAGAAGCUGGCGAGAACGAGGAGUACGAGGGUCAAAUCAAAUUAGCGCCGAGUCAACUCGUGAUACAAGCUGCUGAACCAAAUGUUCCUAUCAAUCUGGUACUCCGAUUACGAAACGAGAGACGGGAACUUAACGAUAUUAGGUUCGAAUUCACUGUCGGAGUGGAUUCCGCGCAAGGGAUCGCGGCUGAGUUGGUCGCCGCAGGUUUAGUCGAUGGUAAGGACGUUGUGGUAAUAGCGGCGAAUCUGAAAAAGUUGAUAGAAAGUGCAGGACAACUGCGGACAGUGACAUUUUCCUUGAAUUCCGGUUAUGCAGCAAACGAAAUACCAGAUGACAAGGCAUUAAUAGGAUUUGCUCAGAUCUCCCUCACCGAUUAAGCAGCCCCGAUUGCGUUCUGAAAUCUCGCAGGACAAUGUUCUUAAUUGGCUCAUUUGUCACGUAAAGAUCGGGGAGUACCAAAAGCUAAUGCGAAUCGACUCGGUACUGUUUCUUUUUUUCCAAGAUGUUAGGCAAUAAGAAAUCAGGAAGAAGGUUUGACACAUACACAUACUCACACAACAUGCGCGGACGCUAGGCAUAUAAUUCCACAUACUUAUACAUGACACACUAGUAGGGACGCCAGAAAGGAGACUGCCACAAAAAAAUUGUAGUGGAAGGGAUAACGUACGUAAGGGAUAACAUAUACGCUACUAUUCGAAGCUAGCCGAAACAUGCAGCGCAAACGUGUGCUACUUUCGGUUGUAUAUCUUUUCCACUACAAUUUCUAUGCGGUCAAGUCUCCUUUCCAACAUCUCUGCAUACGAGUGCAAAAGUCAGUUGACCUACGCUAACGUUCGCAUAUUAAAUCUUAGCUUUUGUUACUUUCGUUUCUUUCGGAUUUUAAUGAGAGCGUUGAUUACAGGGCGUAGAUGUUCGAAAUUCACGAUUAAUUGCAACAUUUCAAUAAUAAUGGACCGCUCAAGUGUGCGUGUCACGAUAAUAAGAUCAUCGACGAUCGUGAUGCAUUUCGCGUUGAGAUACCGGGGCAGAUACAUAAAAAAACAUUAUCAUCCAAUACUGGCUUAAGGGUAUAAAUUUACUCUGAUUAAUAAUGGCUGUAGUUUUACAUAACCGAAUUGUAUCAUCACCAUAUUACACAUCCAGUUUAUGUAAAUAUUAGCAUUCGCGAGCGUUUGUUAAGUUUUUCUCUUUUUUUUUUUUUUUUUUAUGAUACGUCGAAUGGGACGAAAAUAAACGUGUAGAACGCGUGACACUUUGCGCUAGCGAGCGAGCGCAAAUAUAAAGGAUCGAGAGAAAGUUUGAUAGUCUAACUUAUUUGUCCGAAAAUGUAAGCGGUUUCUCUCUCGAGUAACGAGAUCUUAGUUAAAUAUAUAUAUUAAAAAAAUGAAGAAAGAAAACAAUUUGAAUGUGUGCUAAGCGCAGAGUCACUAUAUAUUGUCUAUGUAUCAUAUAUACAAAUUAUUUGCGUAUAUCUUAUAUAUGCUUUAUGCUGAAAUGUGUGAAAAAAGAAACAGAGAAUGUUGAUGAAAUAUGAAAAAUCUUUUGUACUUAAUUAAAUAGACUUAUAAUAGAGUGAAUUAAUAUUUUCACAGUUUUUAGAUGUAGAGAGAGGGAAAAGGAAGGGGGAGAGAAAGAAAGAAAGAGAGGGA